CCAGCUUAUUGUUUUACUCUUUCAUUACGGACUUUAGCAUUUACUAUGGUCAACCUAACCUAAAAUUGUAAUUAUUGUCUUGCUCUAACUAAGGGACUACGUGUGUUUGUUUGACGUACACUGUACACAGGACGUGUCGCAACUAGAAACUUUGGAUAAAAAUCUAACUGGCAUGCCGAAUGGCUAGCUAUCUAGCUAGCUAACAGGCUAAGAGGCUGCCAGCUGACUGUUGCCUUAUGUUUGUUUACAGUUCACUUUACAUAUUUUGUUAGGUAAAACAGGGCGAUGUAUUAGGGACAGAAGAAGCCUGUUCAUAUUGUUUAGCUUUAAAUGGACUGCGGUUCAGCUUCAUUAUUAAGGUAGCAGUGAUGAUGAGGUAACGGAAACAUAAAUACUGUAACUGGACUUAAACUGGUCGAGUUUGGGAGCUUGAAAAUGGAAGAGAAAUACAGCAGCAACGUGCUCUCAGGGGGGAAACUGGGCAUGGUCGAAGUGCCCAAUUCCAGGUUAACCAGGUACAUAGUUUUACUGGUCGUCUCAAAGGUCCUCAAGGCACUUGGGAUCUUUGAAUCGUACGAUAUCCUAAAAGUUGUUCACAUUGUCCAAUUCAUCUUCGUACUAAAAUUAGGGACUGCUGUUAUUCUGCUUUUCUUUCAAAAGCCUUUCUCCUCUGGCAAAGUCAUCUCAAAAAGACAGUGGAUAAAAUUACUAAAGCAUGCUGUUUUCAGCUGUGUCAUAUCUCUCCUGGGAUUCUUUGGUCUAACUCUCUGUGGACCCCUAAGGACAUUGUUGCUUUUUGAGCACAGUGAUGUGGUGGUCAUUGCUCUCCUUGGUGUCUUGUUUACAAGCUCAGGAGGCGGGCCGUCCAAGACCAGAGGCGCUGCUUUAUUCAUCAUCGCUGUGAUCUGCCUCCUUCUCUUUGACAACGAUGAUCUCAUGGCAAAGAUGGCAGAGCACCCUGAGGGACACCAUGACAGUGCGCUCACACAUUUCCUCUACACUGCUAUUGCAUUUUUAGGGGUUGCGGAUCACAAAGGUGGUGUUGUGCUGCUGGUGGCCUCCCUGUGUCUGAAGGUGGGCUUCCACACAGUCUCCAGGAAAUUAUCAGUGGAAAUUGGUGGUGCAAAACGCCUCUAUGCCCUUGACAACCUGGUUUCUGCCAUGGUGCUGCUGCCAUGGGUCAUAGUGCUCUCAGCGACCACAGAGAGUAAAGUAGAAUCCUGGUCGUCCCUCAUCCUGCCAUUCGGGAUGAUCAUCUUCUCUGUGAUGAUCCUGGAGUUUUACGUCGAGGCCAUGUGCAACGCAAAGAUGGAGACGCCGAGGUGCGCCCGCUACGGCACCAUCGCCCUGUUCCUCAGCGCUCUGCUGCUGGCCAACUUCUGGACUCACCCACUGACGGAUCAGCUGCGCUCCAUGAGCAAACCGCCCCAGCAGGUCAGCACCGAGCACGUGCUCUCUGGAGGAGUGCUAGUCAGCGCCAUCUUCUUCAUCAUGUCGUCCAGUAUCCUCUCAUCUCCGUCAAAGAAAGGUCAGAAGGGCACCUUGGUGGGUUACUCACCUGAAGGGACUCCUCUGUACAACUUCAUGGGCGACGCGUUGCAGCACACGUCGCAGUCUCUCCCACGGUUCAUCAAAGAUUCACUGAAACAAAUCCUGGAGGAAUAUGACUCCAGACAAAUCUUCUACUUCCUGUGUCUCAACCUGGCUUUUACCUUUGUGGAGCUGUUUUAUGGUGUUUGGACCAACAGCCUGGGGCUGAUCUCUGACGGCUUCCACAUGCUAUUUGACUGCUCUGCUUUGGUCCUGGGUUUGUUUGCUGCCCUCAUGACUCGCUGGAAAGCUACCAGGAUCUUCUCCUACGGGUAUGGACGCGUGGAAAUACUUUCUGGAUUCAUCAACGGCCUGUUCCUGAUGGUCAUCGCUUUCUUUGUCUUCGUUGAGUCGGUCACCCGUUUACUGGAUCCUCCUAAUAUAAACACAGACAUGCUGACACCUGUGUCUGUCGGAGGCUUACUGGUCAACCUGGUGGGUAUCUGCGCGUUCAGUCACGCCCACGCCCACGCCCACGGCGGCAAAAGCUGCUCUUCACAUGACCACGGCCACUCGCACCACGGCCACUCCCACAGCGAGCACAGCCACGGAGGUCACGGCCACUCUCAUGGAGGACACGGGCACGGUGGACAUGGGCACGGCGGACACGGGCACUCCCAUGGCUCAGUGGGUGGAGGCAUGAACGCUAACAUGAGAGGUGUUUUCCUUCAUGUCCUGGCUGAUACUUUAGGCAGCGUUGGUGUGAUCAUCUCCACCAUCCUCAUCCGGCAGUUCGGCUGGUUGAUCGCUGACCCGAUUUGCUCGCUCUUCAUCGCCACACUAAUUUUCCUCAGUGUCAUCCCUCUGCUGAAGGACGCCUGUGAGGUUCUUCUUCUACGAACUCCCCCAGAACAAGAGAAGGAGCUGAACAGUGCACUGGGGAAGAUCGAGAAGAUUGAAGGAGUUUUGUCGUACAGAGACCCUCAUUUCUGGAGGCAUUCAGCCAACAUGAUCGCAGGGACCAUCCACCUGCAGAUCAUGUCAGAUGUGGUGGAGCAGAGGAUCAUACAGCAGGUGACGGCCAUUUUGAAAGACGCAGGGGUGAAUAAUCUGUCGGUGCAGGUGGAGAAGGAGGCGUACUUCCAGCACAUGUCAGGACUCAGCACCGGGUUUCACGAAGUUCUGGCAAUGACGCAGCAGAUGGAGUCGAUGAAAUACCUGAAAGAUGGGACAUGUAUCAUGUAACGUCAACCUGUGGGACCAAAUGAAACUUUAGUGAUUGUUUUUGAAAUGUACAGUAUGUAUGCGGUUUAAAUAAAUCUGAAUAUAUUGCUUUUA